AAUUUCCUCCUCCACCCCCUCUCUCUUACUCUCAUUUUUUGUUCGAGACUUUUUUUCUCUCUAAAAUCAACUCUCUCCUCCCCUCUCAAUUUAAAUGCCAGCCUCUCAGCGUGGUCAUCUCUCUCUUGAGCUCUGAGCAACACUCUUUCUGUUCUCUCUUCUCUCUCCCUGCUCCAACGAAACUUCCCUUUUUCUUCUCACCCCUUACAUCAUCCAUCUUUCUAACUUGCUUGCUUACUCUUGCUGUACUAUUUGAGCCUCCAAACCAACAAGCGAGCGAGCAAACAACUUGCUUCCUAGCAAGGGAAUCAAGCAACAAUGAGCCAAGCAGAGACACCUGAGGAGCUGGUGUUGAAAUGGAGACAGAGGGCCAUGAACCUGGCGCAGACCCUUACGGAUGAGGAGAAGGUCUUUAGGUACAAAGGCCUGCUGUACCCCACCAUCAUGAGCCCCCUCGAGAACCUGGAGGCCCUUAGCACGCUGGACGCGCGACCGGAAGAUGUGGUGCUGGUGGCCUACCCAAAGUGUGGGUUUAACUGGAUGGUGGGUGUUUUGCGGAAGAUCGUCAGCACGUCCAGCGAGAAGAAGUUUCCAGAUGGGCCUCCUCAUAUUGAGUUUCUAAAUCCAGACAUGCAGAAGAUGUUGGCAAAAGAGGCGUCUCCAAGACUAAUGGCAACUCAUCUGCACCCUGAUGUGAUGCACCCCUCCUUCAUGCAGAAAAAAGCAAAGAUUUUGGUGGUCUGGAGGAACCCCAAAGACACUCUGGUCUCUUUCUACCACUUCAUGAAUAAGAACCCAGUGCUGCCCAACGCAGAGUGGGACAAGUUCUUCUCAGACUUCAUGAGUGGGGAAGUGCUGUACGGUUCUUACUUUGACCAUGCUUGUUCCUGGGAGAAGCUGUUUGACGAACCAAAUGUGAAGAUGAUCACGUAUGAGGAUAUGAAAGAGGACCUCAGUGGUGGCAUUAGGGAGCUCUCUGAGUUCUUUGGCUUCCCCCUGACAGAGGAGCAGGUCAAGACCAUAGCAGAUCAGAGCACCUUUGGAGCCAUGAAAGAGAGCGCCGUCCAAACCCACGGCAAAUUUACGGAAGUGGUAUUUCGCAAAGGUGAGGUGGGUGACUGGAAGAACCACUUCAGUGAAGCCCAGAGCCAGCAGAUGGAUGAGGAGUUCAACAAGAGACUAGCAGGAACCAGACUGGGGAAGAGGCUCAAAUACGACACCUACUGCAAAUAGACUAUCAGGAACCAGACUGGAGAACAUACUCAAAUAUGAAAUCUACUGCAAAUAGACCAGGACAAGACUGGGGAUCAGAUUCAAAUAUCACAAAUAGUGGAGGGGGCUGUUUUUAAAGGAACAGUCCAUCUUGUUUCAGAAAUACGAAACUCGCACGGCACAAAUUCGUUAGCAUUAGCUUGACUCAGCUUUGCCUUGGGCAGCAUUAGGUGCCUCAAGUUAGAAAUGACCAAAUUGUUCCACGUGUUCCCUAUUUAAACUAGCCUGGUGACGACAUCCAUGUACUCCACCCAAAGAUUUUGGCUCCGCACAUCGUCUGGCAAAAGCCUCGAGCUCGGUUCUCUCAGUGUUUAGCCAAUCAGCAAAUAGUUGAGACUGGUGACGUAGAACUCACUCGCGAGCUCCGUUACUGAUUGGUUAAGGUAACUAUAUUUACACUUUCGUUUAGUUAUUUGUUUGCUUUUGCGUUUGGAACUUCAAUAAUUUAAAUGAUAGAGUAAGAUCAGACCAUCUCCCAUCGUCCACGAAGACGGAUUUCUCAUGACUUUUGCCAGACUGACUGACGGAG